GCUGUUGGCUGUACCAUGGCUGGUACUGAUUAACUGAGUCAAUAGGGACUAUAUCUGAGCGACAGGUACCCCUAAUAACCCAGUCUUUUGGAAAUGGGGACUGAUGGAGCCGAUAUGACGCACUGUUUGACUGAUGUACCUUUAUUUUCGGACACGAUGGCUCCCCGGCUGCUGCUGGUGUUGCUGUGCUCCACCCUCCUCGGCCCCGGGGCCACAGGGGCCUGUCCGGCGCUCUGCCGGUGCUACCCCCGGCGGGCCGAGGUGGUCUGUUCCGGGGUCCCCCUGACGGAGUUCCCCUCCGAGGGUCUCCCCGCCAACACCACCAUGCUCACCGUCCAAUACACCAACAUCUCCGCCAUCUCCGAGCUGCAGCUCAGCGCCACCCCUCUGCUGGAGGGCCUCCACCUGUACGGCAACCAGCUGAGGAGCCUGUCCCCGGACGUCCUGCGCGGCGUCCCCCUCCUGCACACCCUGGACCUCACCGGCAACCGGCUGGCUGACCUGCCUGCCGGCGUCUUCGGCCACGCCGCGCUCACCACCCUGGUCCUCAAGGACAACCUGAUGGAGGCGGCCGAGGCCGAGUGGUUCCCGGACCACAGCAGCCUCACCUGGCUGGACCUGUCCGGGAACCGCCUGACGGGCCUCCCCGCCGCCCUGCUCCACAAGCUGCCGCACCUAGAGAGCCUGGACCUCUCUCACAACCGCCUGGAGAAGAUCCAGGCCAAGUCCCUGGACACGCUGGUCAAACUGGAGAGGUUGAACCUGCAGGGGAACAAACUGGUCCGCCUGGAGCCGGCACUGUUCCACCACACGGCCAACAUCACCAACCUGUACCUCACCAACAACCGGCUGGAGACGCUUCCCCCGAGCCUGUUCCAGGGCCUCGGCCACCUCAAGGUCCUGGGUCUGGAGGAGAACCAGCUGGGGUACCUCCCUCCAGGGCUGCUGGAUCAGCUGUCCUCCCUGGACGAGGAGGGCUUGGACCUGACGGCCAACCCCUGGAGCUGUGACCAGAAGGUAGAGUACCUGUGGAGAUGGCUUCAGAAGAACAAGGGGAAGGCUUUCCUGGCAGACACCGUGCGCUGUGCCGCGCCGCAGCCUCUCGCCGGCCGCGCGCUGCUAUCCUUGACGGAGAGCGAACUGAACCUUGAAAGAUUGCAAGGCAAAAUUAUCUCUGGUUUGAAAGAGCUGCUCCAUUGGCUUAGCUUUGUUUAUCUUUUGCAACAUUUUCUGCCCACGCAACACCGGGCCUCAAAAGCAAGCAGGACUAGCAACAAAACAACAGAAGGCACCGAGCAAGAGAAUCGAGCAACAAAUCUGACGCAAAUAUGGGACGGACUGCCCAACAGCACCACCAGACUCUCCAUCCAGUCCACCAACCUCAGCGCCAUCACCGCUGAGGACCUGCGCGCCGCCCCGGGCCUGGUCUAUCUCCAGCUGUACCACAGCGACCUGGAGACGCUGCCAGCCCACCUCCUCCAGGGCCUCCCUCACCUGACCACGCUGGACCUCACAGGGAACCGGCUCGCCUACCUGCAGCCCAACGCCCUUCACCACGCGCCGCUCCGCAACGUCAUCCUCAAGAACAACCUGAUCCAAGCGGCCCAUCCCGACUGGUUUCCCCCCAACAGCAGCGUGACCUUCUUGGACCUCUCAGGCAACCGACUGACAGAGGUCAAUUCAUCCCUUUUCCGGAACCUGCCCGCCCUGAGGAACCUGGACCUCAGCGAUAACGAUCUGCGAGGACUGGGGGCGGACGCGCUGAGGCCUCUGCACCGACUGGUGUCGCUCAACCUCGUCGGUAAUAAAAUAAGCAGCCUCACGGCCGCCACUUUUGCCAGCACCCCUCAACUCACGCGACUGUACCUCCAGAAGAACCUGUUGCAGGAGCUCGACCCAGAUCUGUUCCAGAGCCUCCAACGGCUGGAGCUCCUGUUGCUCGAUCAGAACCGCCUGCAGAGCCUUCCCUUCGGCCUGCUGGGGAACUUGUCUUCCCCUGAGGAGAAGUGGGGGAGGCUGGUGAAGGUGUUCCUCACGGGGAACCCCUGGGUGUGUGAUGAGGGCCUAGAGUACCUGUGGAGGUGGGUCACCACCUUCCCCCAGAAGGUGGGCUUUGCGUCGGACAUGCAGUGCGCUUUCCCCAAGGCUUUGGAGAAUAGAACAAUCGUGUCUAUCAAAGAGGAAGAGCUGGGGCUUGGCAUGAAUGUUACUCAUAAUCUCUGAAGUCUAACCAAUUCGGUUUUUCAUGAAAUUACUUAAAUGUGAAUUGAAGUAUUAUUUGGUGCCCAAUAGUGAUGGCCAAGCAGUAUUUCCCCUGUUGUUUCUUACUGGAUAGACGGAAUGAUAACGCAUUACAUAGUGUUGCUUUGUUCUUGCCCUAUAGCGGUUUUAAUGAGGCUGCCCUGUUUUAACGAUGCUGUGGGAGUUUGUGUGUGGGCAGUAAAGAGCUGAACCUUUCCCUGCUGAAGUCACUUGUGCACGU